GAGUGCUUAGGCCCAGAGGCCUGCCCAAACCGUUCUACUCACCGUGUCAGAGGCCGAGGCCGAGAACGAUGAGAGUGCAGGGAAGUGGGGAAGAGGGGGUGGCCGCCAGGCGCCUCCGCUUCCCUUAGUCCACAGCGGAUCUCUCCUGCUUGUCAGGAGGCGGUCAGAGGAGUUCAGGGACAAUGCUGAAUGGGAUAACAAAGCUUAUCUCCAGGGGCCAGAGGUUGGAUCCUAGAUGUUUUUUGCACACUGGGACCCAGACACCCCGAAUCGCUGCUGCUCACCUAGAAAACCAGGCUCCAAUUGAGAGUCCCAGAGCCAUUUCCCGCACUAAUGAAAGUGACCCGGCCAAGCAUGGGGAGCAGCAGGAGGGCCAGCACUAUACCAUCCCCCUCCAGGAUUUGAAGACUGUAUUUCCCCAUGGCCUGCCUCCUCGAUUUGUAAUGCAGGUAAAAACAUUUGGUGAAGCUUGCCUGAUGAUACGAAAACCAGCCCUAGAGCUUCUGCAUUAUCUGAAAAACACCAAUUUUGCUCAUCCAGCUGUGCGGUAUCUUUUCUAUGGGGAGAAGGGAACAGGCAAAACCCUCAGUCUUUGUCAUGUUAUUCAUUUCUGUGCCAAGCAUGAUUGGUUGAUACUGCAUAUUCCAGAUGCUCAUCUUUGGGUGAAAAAUUGCCGGGAUCUUCUGCAGUCUACCUACAAUAAACAGCGCUUUGAUCAACCUUUAGAGGCUUCAACCUGGCUGAAGAAUUUCAAAAUUGCAAACGAACGCUUCCUGAGCCAGAUAAAAGUUCAAGAGAAAUAUGUCUGGAAUAAGAGAGAAAUCACUGAGAAAGGCAGUCCUCUGGGAGAAGUGAUUGAACAGGGUCUGACCCGCGUGAGAAACGCCACAGACGCAGUUGGGAUCGUGAUGAAGGAGCUAAAGAUGCAAAGUUCUUUGGGAAUGUUUCGCCUCCUGGUGGCAGUGGAUGGAAUCAAUGCCCUUUGGGGAAGGACCACAUUAAAAAGAGAAGAUAAAACCCCAAUUGCUCCAGACGAACUAGCACUUAUUCACAACCUGAGGAAGAUGAUGAAAAAUGACUGGCACGGAGGUGCCAUUGUGUUGACUUUAAGCCAGACUGGAUCUCUCUUUAAGCCCCGGAAAGCAUACCUGCCGCAUGAGUUGCUGGGAAAGGAAGGAUUUGAUGCCCUGGAUCCCUUUCUUCCCAUUUUGGUUUCCAGUUAUAACCCAAAGGAAUUUGAAAGUUGUAUUCAGUAUUAUUUAGAGAAUAAUUGGCUACAACAUGAAAAAGCUCCUACAGAAGAAGGGAAGAAGGAGCUGCUAUUUCUAAGUAAUGCCAACCCUGGGCAGCUGGAACGUCUCUGUGCCUACCUAUGAGCCAUGGUCAUUAUGUGGAUGGAAGACAGUGGACAUUUCCUUAAUGCUGCACCCAGUCCCGGAGAACUCCCUAGCACUCAGGUAGAACAGCCAGGCCCCUGUCCCUAUGGGAUUAGCCAGGACUGCCGUGGGCUAUGCACCUUCUUUGAAAUGGGUUCCUUACAAAAUGACUGUGAACAUAUGGUAAGAUUUCCCCUUGUUCCUAAAAAUAAAAUCAUUUUUUGAAUGUGGUUUUCAUA